CUAAACAAAUUGUAUUUAUUAUAUAAAUACGUAAGUUUGCUAAUAAAACACCAAAAUAACGAAAGUCUGAAAUAAACUAUGAAAAUUGAAUACUGCAUAUAAUUAGUUAAUACAAAAUUUUAGAAAUUCGAUAUGCCAUGAAUUUACAAGUCUGGCAAUUACAUUUCGAAAUGUCAAAAACAGAUUAUUUCUUUUAAAAAUUUAUAGUCUGUGUGUGAAUAGUGUUCACAGUGGUUGACUAUUCGGUCUUCGUUUAAUUUGGUCUCCCGUGCGUAAACGUGAAUUAAAUAGCCGCUUGAAUUGGGCCAUGGCGAAGAAAACCUUACGCAUGAUAAAACUGCAGAUAAACAUAUAGUCUACCUUUAAUUUUCUUUAAAUAAAGUCAUGAUGGAAAUUGUCGACGUUGAAGAAUGCCAGCCCGACCCUACAGCGGUCACAAGAAAGAAAAGUUUAUGGGCUAAAAUUAACAAUAGGACAACGUACAGUUAUUUGUUUAACAUUGUAAUAUCAAUACUGUUGCUCACAUGCCUCGUACUAGUGCUUUACUUUUUCAAAGAAUAUUUAAAGACGAUUUUAUAUUGGGUGGACGCACAGGAUCCGUGGAUAAUAUUUUUAUUGUUUAUGGGUUUAUUUUUGAUCGUCAGUUUUCCGGUGACGAUAGGAUAUUUAAUAUUAAUAAUAACGAGUGGAUAUUUGUUCGGGAUUGUCCAAGGAUUAGUAACAGUUUUGGUGAGUGCGAAUUUUGGUGUUGCCGUGGCUCAUUUUACUCUGAAAGCGCUGCGGAAUUAUUUGCCUCUGGACCGUCUCUUGAAGAACGAGACGGCUAGAGCCCUCCUGAAGGUGAUCUCGGGCCCGCAAGCAUUCAAGAUCGUGUUUUUCGCGAGAUUGACGCCAAUACCUUUUGGGUUGCAGAACACGAUAUUCGCUGUGAGCGACGUGCGCGGCUGCGGGUACCACUUGGCGACGAUGCUGGGGCUGCUGCCGGCGCAGGUCAUCAACGUGUACCUCGGGUCCACGCUGCGCUCCAUGCACGACGUUCUGCACGAGUCACAUCUCACGGGAUACGUCGUGUUCGCCUUUCAGAUCCUGAUCGGCAUCACGCUAAUGGUGUGGGUCGUGCAGAAGGCCCGCAAGGAGCUCACGAUAGCAAUAAUGGCGGCGGAGCUCGGGCGGGAGACGAUAUCCACGUCCAGCAGUUCUUCCAUCAGCUAGCCCACGCCGCGGGCUUCCACCGAACUGGACAGCGUCAGCGAGCGCUCCAGCUAGGCCCGGCUGGCCUCGACUGGCCCGGCUGGCCUCAGCUGGCCCCGGCUGGGCCUGGCUGACCCUGGCUAAGCCCACGCGAAGCCCGACACACCCACGACAAGGGUAUAACCAAAUCUGACACCAACGACAAACUCUCCUAUGCUUCUAUCCUUUUCUAUCGCAAUCGACUUUUAUAAAAGCGACAGAGAGACAUGAUACACGCUCUGUGUGACGAAAAAGAAUAGUGAAAGGAAAGUGAGACUCGAUGCUGCCAGAUACGGCUCAACCCUGAGGGUUCGUUCCAACCCUGUGAUAUUAUAUUAUAAUCGCCAUGUUACCUCCAAGAGGAUUAGUUUAACUGUUCAGCAAUGGGGGACUAAGAAGGAAAAUUAUAUUACAUAUAAGUCUUUCCUCGUAUUAUAUUGUUACCUACAUAGGUUUGUUAACGUGAUAAUGAAUCUCGCUCAGUAUGGACUGACGUGCUGUGAAUUGUCAAGGAUUGACACGACUGAGGGUAUUAUCGUUUGGAGGACUACUACUUGUCACCUAACUCCGUGAGUAAUUGAUGAGUUUGUACGACGUUUAUGUAUAUUUUGCGGUUGUACUCAUUUGCCGUUGCGAACGUCACGCUAUUGGUCGAAUUGGAAUAUGUUUGUUCCGUCAUUUCAAUACAAUUCGUGUCGAAGUGUAUCUUCUAUUGGACGGUGUUAAUGAAAUGCAAAAUACAUAACACAAUAUUAUCAUUAUAUAUGCGAUGCUUUGUAUAACAUAUGUACCAAUGUCAUGUUAAAUGUUUUACUAUGAUUCAGUAUUUGCGGGCUAUUGAAAAAUAUGUUAAUCUUCCUUUUGCAAAAAAGUUAGACUAUUUCUCUCAAGAUGUAUCUUUCUGAUCGUCUCAUUUUCCUAAUAAUUCUUAAGCAUUAAGAAAUCGAAAUUCUUGCCUAUAAGGGCAGAAGCCUGAGCCCAGUUGUGGGCAAUUAUGUUGGUUUUGUAGAAAAAAAAAGGUGAUCAAUAUACAGGCCAGGUCCUUAAAUAAUUAAACGGUUAUUUAAAGUUCACUGACAAUCGCUAUAAAAAGCGUAAAUGCAUGUUAAAGAAUUAUUUUUUACCGGUAUUAAACACGUUUGGAAUGAAUCCAAUAAUCCUCGCUUUUUGCGUACAAGGCGACUUUAAAUUGGAACGAAUUAAUCUGACUAGGUUAUCUUACUUAUGCGCAUUUCUUAAAUACAAUAGCCGGUUUCUAAUAAGUAUGAGAUAGAUCUCAAGAUUUAAUUAUGAUUACUUGAUGAACAAGGUAAAAUU